AUGGACGAGCAGUCGAGCCUGGUGCCCCAUCGCAGCUCCAGCAUUGCCCAGGAAGAGCGCCUCAAGCAAAUGGGCGUCCGCCCCUACUCGUCGCUGCUCAACAUUGACGAUCUCGACGACUGUGACUGGCUCGAACACGCCGCCUUUGAUGCCAUCGAGGCGGCCACGCGCGAAAAGCUCGACUACCGUCUGCGAACCUGCGGCGAACUCUGUAGCGGCCUCUUCUCCUCGGCCUACCCCACCACAUGCGGGCCCCUAGGCGAACUGCUAAAGACGCGCGCCUUUCCCUCGAUAUUUUCCCACGACAGUGACCGCAAACGCAUCCUCCUGGCCCACAUCAUCUCCACAAAGGCCGCCUCGCCCCUCGUCACCGACGAUGCCAUGGACUAUCCCAAGGACUGGAAAUCAAACUACCAACUAACCCCGCCCGUUGGCCACAACGAAGACGGCAGAACCGUAUGUCUGCACUCGCUCUGUGUCCACCCCAAGUUUGCCCGCAAGGGCCUCGGCUCAAUAUUACUCAAGAGCUACUGCCAGCGAAUCAAGGACUCGGGUGUAGCCUCGCGCAUAGCCCUCAUCUGCAGAGACCACUACAUUCCUUUUUACGAAAGAGCCGGCUUCAAGAAAAUCGGUCCUAGCAAAUGUCAGUAUGGAGGUGGGAACUGGUUUGACAUGGUUCUUGAUUUUGAAGAUGCAGAUGAUGGUUGGGAAAGCUGAAUUUGGAAAAAAGAGAAUAUCAAGUGAAACCCC